AUUAUAAAACUUUUAUACCCCUCUCCUACCCGGUUUCGACUCCGCAUGUGCAGCAUCUUAACUCAUAUUUACUACUAUUUUAUUAACAUCCUGUAGAUUUUAAUUGCAGACAAGAACAUGCAUUCACACUUCUGUAAGAGAUAUCUGCAUGGAAAGGUUUCAUAUCAGCUACAAAAUGCAAUAUGAUAGUGAUCAAUGUAAUUUUCCCCAGGACAGCGCGUGAUAUCAGCAUCAUCACCCAUGUUCCAGGCACUGUUCAAUACUAAUCUAAUUCUCUAAACUCGAAACUGACUGAAAGCUUCGGAUCUCGAACUCCACGAUACGCAGGGAUCUUUGGAUUUAGCAAAUAUGAUCAAUCCAGAAAAAUUGGAUUUAAAUGAACUUAGAAAAAUUCCAUUUAAUAGAAAGAAACAUUUAAUAUUUGCAACAAAGGUAAAACAUGUAUGCACAUAUACAAGUUUUAUUACUUACUAGACGUCACGUGAUUUUUCGUCCAAUGAAUGCAGGCUUCACUUCAUCGCCAACGCCCGUAAUGGCGUAAUGAAAAUUUCUGAGUGAUCAAGAUUAUAUAUUUUUUUGCUCGUUGGAUUUUAUGAACAAAGUUUCCACAAUGCCUUCUGGACAUGAUUUUAGGGUUAACUUACAAGAUCUGUUCGAGGAAUAUGCAUGGAAAAGAUUCACAGCAAGAAGAAGCAUUUUGAGUCGAAUCUUCAGCAGGCGUUCAAAAUAUUACAUUGACGUGCGUUGGGGAUAUAUCGAGUUCAAACACGAGACGACAAGAUUUGAAGAGAGACCGGAUGCAGUAGAUGGAACUCCGGCCGAAAUUUCCGUUUCCGGGGAAGAUGGUUCCAAAGGAAGUCCGAAAAUUUCAAAAGAUGUAAUUUUAUACAAGUCCGACUACGAAAACAAGACACCAUUGGACCAAGAGUACAAUUUUAGCUCGACGAGGGAAACUACAAAUUCCACGACUGUCGAGUUUCAAGAGUGCUAUACAAAGGGAGGGGAAUGUAACAUCGAAAUAAGUGUUCCCGGGGAUCUAGUUACGGUGGGUGCUGGUCUAAGUGGUGAGUUAUCCGUCACCGAAACCGAAAGCGAGACUUUCGAGACGACUACAUCUUGGACAGUUGACACAAAAAUCAAUGUCAAAAAGGGGCACAAGGCCGAAGCCCAGGUCCAUGUUUCAGAGAGAAACUCGGUGGCUGAUUUUGAGGUUAAAACCACGAUGAAAAUAGUAGACGGGAAGGAACUACCGAUAGCGAUUCGAAGGGUGUCAGACGAUAAAAUCGUUCAUGUUGUGGGCGUCCCAGAUUUGCAGGAUGUGUUUUAUGAACUGGAAGAAACCAAUCCCAACGUUGAAACAUCCGAGUAUAUCGACAAUUCGAGGAAAACUCCCCGAAAACGCCACAAUGUGAUAAUGUACACGCGCGGCACGUGCAAGAGUAUUUCAUGGAAAAACCAACACGUCGAAGUGCAUUCCGAAAAGAUUUCGUCCUACUCGUGCAGUGACGAUGAUUCCGUUCAAGAUGACGGACAGUAACAUUUUUUUUGUUCUCCAGAGAAUACAGAUUAUAUUUUUUCUUUGCUACAUGUAUAAAUGCUUAAAAUCACA